AACACACAAGGCAAUGCAGCGGAAACCCACCGCAACUCCGCAUUCCGCAAGCCAAGAUCAAAAGUUGGCGUAUCAAAACAUUUUGAAAACCAAAAAAUUCGUCUUCAACCUCCUGCUCCCCUCGCUUCGUUCUCCGCCGCGCCAUUCGCCAUGAGGACCCGCUUCCUCGCCACCGACUACUUCGCGCCGUCCUCCUCCUCCGCCGCCGGCAAAGCGCUAGCCCUAGAGUUCUUCAGCUUCCCCUCUCUCCCCGUCCCCGCCCUUCCUCCCGAUCCCCACUUCCUCCCGUUCACCUCCGCCGACGAACUCCCAGCCGCCACGGUCGCCGACGAUGGUCUCGGCCCUCUCCCCAUCGCCUCCGCGCUCUCCGAUUUCCUCGCCGCGGUUAUCCCGCAGGCCCUGCCUGUGCCGACUGUGCCCGCGGCCGACGAGGUAUUGGACGACUUCCUGUACGACAGAGGCGGAUACGGCGAGGAUUUCAGCUCAUGGGAGUUUGGUGCAUUCAGAAUCCCUAAGGGGUAUGGCGUGAUCAACCGCGAGAAGGAUGAAAAGGGGGAGGGCUCUAGAUCAGACGGUCUGGAGAUCUCCUCAGUUAUGAAGAGGUGGGAACAAUUGAAGGAGCUUAGAUUUGAGGUUGUAGAGGUGGAUCUCCUAAUGGCUUUGCAAGAAGACAUUGCAUCCUUUGGUGAAGAGGAGUCUGGUGGUGGUGUCACGUUGUUGCUUCGUGUUCCAGAUAUGAAAAUCCAUUUGGAUUUCAUUGAUAUUGAGACCGACAUAAAAAUAAGAUAUCAAUCUGAUCUUCCAGAGUCAGUGUAUCAAGUAGAAAAGGUCCCUGUAAAAGACAAUGAUGGCAAUGGCCAUUCUUCUCUGAGAGAAGACUGCUGCUUGGAGAUUGCAGCACUAGAUCAUGGUGCAGUAAUACCUCGAUUGGAAGUAAGUAGGAAUUCUUGGGAGCUCGACGAUUGUCUGACUGAGACUGACAGAUACGGUGUUUUUGAUAAUGUUGUUAGACACUUGGAUGAAGCACAGAUUCAGCAUUCAGUGUUUAAAUCAACCGAGUUCUUGAGAUCAACUGACAUGGACAUGCUGACCUUUGUUUGUGAAGAUGCACCAUGCCAUGACAUUCAAGUAGAUAAACCAGCAGAAAUCAAAGCUGCAGUAGAAAUGGAUGUUGUGAGGAUCAAUGGCAAUAUUCUGCUUGAGAAAAAUUCAGCACUCUACCCUCUCAAGCCUGAUGGCACCUGUUCAGACUUGCCUUGCUCCAUUCUUUUAGAGGAGGUACAGAUCAUUGAUUUUCCUUCAGAUAAUGUAUUCAAAAUGCUUGUUCAGUCAGAGACAAAUAAGAUGAAUAUAUCUGAUGAAAUAUUCAAAGAUGAUUUUGAUCCAGCAAGACGUUUGUAUGAAUCAAUGGUUAGCUGCGAGUUAGCACUGGUUGAUGAUACAUUUAGGUCAUUGCCUACACCUAUUUUAAAUGAUGAUAUAGCAGUUAGGUCUAGGGUCCCUCCCAUUCAAGAAAUACUAUGCUCCCUAAAACCACACCCUCUAUCAGCAUCUGAUGGAAUUUAUUUGGAUUGGCAUCUCUUACUGGAAGGACCAUGCAACCGGGAGAUUUGUUGUUCUUAUGCAAGCAUGGUUGAGGAGGCAAAAACUUGCCAUUUAAGUUCUGAGCUGCAAAGGAGUUGUCAGAGUACAUCAGUAUUUGUUAGCGAUUUUCUGGAGGAUUUUCAGAGAAGUCCAAAGCUUCAAGAUGAGGAUAAACAUAGCGAUAUUUAUGUUCCUGCCCCACUGUCUCAUGAUCCACAAAAAUUGGAAGCAACUCAAAAAUGCGAACAAGAAGGUGGUACUAGAAACCAUAGUUCCAUGAAAAGACCGAGUCCAGAAAAGUCAUCUUCCUUCCCUGAGUUAAUAUCACAUUCUGGUGACCUAAAUUUUUACUUAAACGUCAGAAGUGCCACUAAGAGUGGAACCAAUAAUGAGAAUACUUCUACUUUAGAUGUCCCGCAUUCAGAAGAGCAAGCAUUAUCUCUUUCAACCAGGGCUAAGGUUGACAAACUCAUAGAAAUUCAUCCUGUCAGCCCCUCAAAUCUUAUUCAAGGCCUUAUAGAACAAAUCCAUGCAAGCUAUACAUCUGCUCUGCAAGAAAGCACAUAUUGGAGGCAUUCUUUCUCAGAUGAGCAAGGUUUAGGAAUCUCAAAGCAGAAACUUCUUGAACUGAUAACGGGAGAAGGUUCAGAAGGCUCGUACAAUCACUGCGAACACAAAGAUAAGAUGGAACUCAUUGUACUGUAUGCAUUAAAGCAGGUUGCAUAUUACUUAUGUUUCUUUGGUCUGCAUGCGGCCCAUUUGUACAUUAGCAACCUGACUAGAAGCUUGGAAAACACUCCUGAGAGGUUAAAACAUAUUCUAUGGUCCAUUUCUGAAGCACAGAGGAAAUCUGAGAGGCAACUGUUUGAAUCUCAUCCGUCAUUGUCAUGCAUUGAGACUAUCCUGAGAUCUAAUAAACAAAUCGACCAAAAGAUCCUUAUAGUUGCUGAUAGAGCUUUCUGGCUGCCACUGGGUCAAAAGCUAGCAUCCAUGAGGAUGACAUUUGUUGAGUUUGGACAAAACCCUGCAACAACUUUUGUGGAUCUGGUGAACAAGACAAACUCUACAGCUUGGGUGCUGGAAGAAUUACUGAAAUCAGAUUGCAUUCUGCUAGAUAACAAGAACAUUCCAGCUUCAUUCCCUUUUGACAAGUUUGGCAUCAUACUGGAAUAUGGAGGCCCGAAUAAAUCAUCUACCUUGUUAUCUCUCGCUCCUAAAUUAGAUGGUUUGCCACCUCUGCAUUUCCUCUAUGUCAAAGUUGAUGGCAAGGACUUUCCAGCUGCUCUAGUCGAGGACAACCAUAAAGACCAGGAUUUGAAAUCUACAUUGGAUAAAGUUUUGCUUACACUUCAGAAGGAUUUGCAGGAGAGGAUGAAUAAAAUGCGUAUUGUUGAUUCGUUAAACUUCAUACCAGCAACAAAUCAACUGCAAGGUCUUCAAGAAAAACGGAGCAAACAUUUUGCUGCUGAUGCUACAAAAGAACUGCUUCCAGAUGAUCAACCACACAGAUUACAAAAUCUUAACAAGAAGAAUACUUUUGAUUCACAUAACGUUGUGCUUGCUGAUGAACAGCUACAUAUACAGCAAACACUGAGUAAUAAACCUGUUGUCAAUUCACAAUGUGUACCCACAGUUGAGAAGAGUAGCUCUACUUCUUCUGUAUCUGCCAAUGUGCUGAAAGACCCUCAAGAGAAUCAGUCCACUACUGACUUACCUUCCUGUGUGAAAAAUGACUGCAUCAUGCCAGGAAGACUGUCCGUCCCAGAUGUAGUGAUAGUUGUAAAUACUGGAAAUCAUGGAAAGACGAUGCUUGUUUCGCGAAGAUCAUCUUAUCAGCAGAUACUAGCUCUGGAGAAAGGAGGAAUGCAGGUCGUGGAGCGAGAUAUUGAUCUGCCUGUGGAUCUGAUACUCAGUGCUGCUGUCUGCCUAGUAUGGUAUGAGACUGCGCUCUUUGAGGCCAAUGAACUAACAACAUCAGCAGAGACAUCUGGUAUAAAAGAAAAUGUAGAGAAUAUUGCGACCAACAUUCUGAUGUCAGUUAGUUUCUCUUUCACUGGCUGCAUCAUGGUCUUUGAGGGAGAAGCUGACUUCCUUUCUGCUGUAAUGGACUCAUCUGAUUCAUUGUAUACUGCAGCUGCUAGUUUGGACAUGAACUUGCAGCUGUUCUUCUCACACACACCCAGGUCAACAGAUGAAAUAAUUCUCAAUUGCAUUACAAAUGUGACUAGCUGUUAUAAAGCUCCUCUUCCAGAUAUACCUGAAUCAGAAAGCCUGGCUGAAUCAUUUCUCACAAGUUUCCCUUCCAUCAAUCCCGUGUCUGCAUAUAUGUUACUUUCUUCUGGAGGCAGCCUUGUGGAGUUCCUCAGUUGGCCACAUGAGCGCCGUAUUCAAGCAGUUGGAAAGUAUCUUUUGUCUCCAAAGAUCAUUUCCCUAUUUAAUGCUUUGUGCAAAUUUGGUGAGUUAGGUGAAUCAAGGUCUGUAAUGACUGAAUGCUCUUCAGUCGAUUCAGAUAUCAGUAGUGCAUUCCUGCAGUCUCCGAGGAAAAGGAAACAGCGUUCAUUGCAGGCUUGUGCAGUACCAACUAAUAAGCUCCUCUUUUCUGAUUCUCUAAACCAAAUACCUGGUGACUAUGCAGAACAUGCUGAGGUAUUCUCACCUUCUAAGUUGAGGAAGUUCUCUGACAUGGAUAAUACAAUUCCCGAGCUCCCAGAUGUCUUUACAUUCGACGAAAGUUUGAAUAUGAGAAGUGAGGGAUUCUCUUAUCAACAAAAGAAGCAUGAUGUGGAUGCAAUACCUGGUAAUCAAGUCAUUAAUGAUGAUUUCAGCAAUGGAUUGACACCAAAUAAUCAAGCAUAUAACAGAAGGACUGGCAAUAUGGUGGACACAUUCGACUUACCCUGGCAACCUGAAUUUGGUGGUACGCAUCCAAGCAAAAGCACUUUUCACACAAGCAGACCAUCUUGCAGCAGAACUCAUAGCAAUCCAGUAUUUUCAACUGCAUUUGAGAUCAACGAUGAUCCUGGUGAGUGGAACAUUUCAGGAGGUACAAAACAAACAUGGAAGGGGCUUGCACAUGGAGGUACUGUAGACGACUCUUACAGAUAUGAUAUGGACAACAGAUAUCAUGAACCAAGAGAUGAAAUUAUGCAACAUCCAGCAAGUUCGCUUGCUUUUCAGAAACUAGAUUUUGGUAGCCAUGCAACUUCACAGGGGUCAUGCUGGGAAAUUGAUUAUCUAAGGCAAAUGAGUGCAAAGAGAAAAGCACGUCAGGAGAGAUCUAGAUGUAGUAAUUCACCAGGUAUGUCGAUCCCAAGAAUGAGAGAUAGCAACUCAAAGAUUCUAAAUCCUCCACCUAAAGAAUCCUUCAGAUACCGAGGAGAUAGAGACACUCCUUCGAGGGACCAGAGCCCUUCAAUUGGGACUCAGCAUUAUGGGAAAGGCAAGGAAGGAGCUAAAGCACAGAAUCGCAGAGCAAGGAAAGAUUUCAAUGUACAACCAACAAGUCACAAAAAGAGGAUAGAACCGUCCAUUGAUCCAACAUGGACUCCUAUUGACAAGAGAGCAAGACAGAAACUUUCAUUUGUUACAUAUGGGAAGGAAAAACAGAGCAAGCUGGUCUGGCGAAACCAGAACAGCCCUGGUGUUGGGUGUGGCUUCCGGAAAAGAUUCCGAGAGGAAGGUACGUAGAUUAUCAUGUCAGGUCAGAUAAGCUCCCUGUGCCCUAUCCUCAAAUAGAUUUCGAGAGGAAAGUACGUAGAUUUUCAUGUCAGGUCAGAUAAGCUCCCUGUCCCUGUAUCCUCAAAUUUAAGUUGCUGGUGUUUUAUUUUGUAAAGAUAUUCCAUGAAGAUAUGUCUAAACUCUUAACUUACGUAAAGAAGUGAUUUACACCUAAAAGCCGCUCAUGCAUUCAAAAGCACUGGCGGUAUAGGUUAAAUGGUAUAUUGAAUAGGCUAACUUUUCGAGACCAGUGCCUUUAGUCACAAGACAUUGCCUGGAGGAUAUUUUCUAGCGUAGUUUGCAUGAGUUUUUCGUUUUUGUGUUGCUUCCUUCUUCCCUUCUGCUUGUAAACUUCUAUUUUAUCCUCUUUAUUA